GCUAUCGCCAGCAGCAGUAACGGUUCGGUUUGCGGUGAGUUUUCAGCGGGUGUGUUCCUUCUAUCAACACUAGGGUAGGGUCUCCUGUGUAUGAGUAGACCGGUUCUUUUUUUUGAUGUUGCUCUGUGCAGCAGCUCAGUGAUUCCGAUUUUUGCGCAACCAAGAGAUUCCUAACGGGAGUGCGUUUUCGGGAUAGCCCUCACAUAAUCUUCUGUAGGCAAGCAGUUCUAUCCAGUUUCAUUGUGCUUCAGGUCGGUUUGUUGUAUUAGACCAGUUUAAGGUUCACUGCUGGGGAGGUGUAUUCCGUGUCAGUGUGUUGGGAAAGGUGUGGGUGUGCGUACAUACAGUCGGUGUCCCGUAGGGGGCCAAGAUUCGCGAAAACAGGAUUCUUCUCAUCCUGCCUGUGUGUGUUGUUUGCACCGCCGGUGGAUUCUUUUCAAAACCAAGUGAGCAAAAAAGUGUUCCGGUGAGGAAACAAAGGUGGCCUCGGAACGAAUUAGAACCAUAAAGUGCGCUGUGCUGACGAAGAAUAGUUUAAGUUUAUUUUAUACGUGGAGGUAGAAUACAGCUGAAGUGAGUGUGUCAUACUACAAUCCAAUUGAAGUACGUACUUGUGUACCUACAUAGCUGGAAGCCAACUCUUGAAAUCGUUUACAAAAGCGCAGAAAUCAUGCGCUGAAAUCAUUACUUAAUCCAGUUCGAGUAGCAACCACAACAGAACCGUGAUAAUCUGCAACCUCGUAAGCUUCAAGCGAACCAAACAAACCGAAAAGUCCAAUAUUUAUAGAAAGAAAAAGUUAAAGGACAGCUGCCUGCAUUUUGGAUUAAUUCCGAGCCGUACACGCUUUUGAUUCCAGCGGGAUUUUUUUUCUCAGAAGAAGUGAAUCGAACAAAUCCAUCCAGCAACGUUCUAAACGGCAGGAGGCACAUCCGUGCAAAAGCAACACAGCAGAAGCAGAAUAAAAGAAAUCACCAACACCAUCACCAUGACGGUCAGCUAAGAAACAACGGACACGCGGUCCUCGACUCUCGGCGGAUUACUCCAUAAUCAGUCGGAGUCUCUGUGACAUGCAGCAUCAAGUGAUAACUUGAAAGAUUUCAUUCCGCUUCGCCUUCGCUGUAGCUACCAAAGAGUCAUCACCACGACGUCACGAGCUUACAGUAACUCAACGCGCUUCUGGGCCGGGUUGAGCAUAUCUUGGACAUUAUCUAAUCAAAGUAGAGCAGCUAGUGACAGCUGCAGGAAUCCCUUCCGUCAACACGUGUGUAGUGCAACGAAAACUUCCAUCAGUAAGAAAAUGAAAUCCUCAACCGUGCCGCAGAUGUUAGUGGCAGUGUAAAAGGGAAUUUCAUAGGUCGGUUUCGAAUUAGCAAUCACAUUUGCGGCGGUGUGUUUAGUGCGGGUUUACGGUGUGAUACGAUUUUUCAUUCCUCGUGUCAAAAUUUUGGCAUCUAGCAAGUUUUAUAGCAUACCCGGGGGAUACCCUUCAUGUGAGCAAUUUAGCCACACUACCAUAUUUGUGUACGUGAUUAACAUCAGGUUGUAAACGGAAGCCAAUAAUAACCAGCAACGAUGAAUUUACGCCAUCAGGAAACGUUUUGUAUCGCACUUUUACUAUGCACUCUCAGUAUUACCUUCGGUCAGGACUUCCAGUUUGCCAGCGAGAAGGAGGACGAAGUUCAGCCAAUGCUAGCGGAACCGCUGGACGUAGUUAGGAAAGCUCAACAGUCCAUCAAAUCAAUUUAUUCGAAGGAAAAGGCACAAUGCCCGGCAACCCAAAACAGACUGUUCCUGUCACUGGUACUACGGUCUCACAGUUGGGAUGAAAUAGUGGAGAAAAAACGGCAGAAGGCAGUCAACAAACUGUCCAAGUUUUUCCUGAUACCGAAAGAAAAUUUCAUCAUCGAUGAUGUUAGCCGACCAGAGAUACACCAAAUGACAAAAAAUUCCAUUCGACAUGGUCAAAACAGUCUAAACGGUGCAAAGCGGAAGUUGGGCAGAAUUGGAUUUUUGAUUGGUUGUGGGAAGACGAUUUUUCCCAGUGAAAAACUCAUCGCCAAUACCAUUGCACAACAAAUGAAGGAAAAAGCGCUGGAUGACAUUUCUGGACUGGACUUUGGUUGGUGGUCUAUCUGGUCAAAACAUGCGGAAGAGACCCAUCAGAGGCAAAAACUACACCUACGAAGAUUGAAGCGUCAGACGAACGGAGAUGACUAUGAAAAUGACGAUGACGAUUAUGAUUACAACUAUGACGAUGAGGAUGAAGCUGAGCCCACGGAAACCCCUCAUGCCCACCGGCAUCAUCACGGUGACGGUUCGCCAGUGGAGCAUGUCGUCACUAGCAGCGAAAAAUUUAGCAAUAAAAAGCAUCCUUCAAAAUUGGCGGGGUCUGCGGGCGUGCGGCUGCCACAAGGAACGGAAGCGGACGAGCAUAAUCUGAUAGUGCCUUCCGGUGUGCUGGAUCGAACGCUAGCUGCCGGUGUCGGACAUGGACACAAAAAUAAUCAUGGCAGGAAGGUGGAUGUGACUCAGACCGAGUCGAAUGACCAGUUCGAUUUUACCCAGGCGGACAUCCGGGAAAGCGUUUCCCAGCUGGAAUCGACUAUAACGAAGACGAUUGAAAACAACGAACAGCUCAAAAAGGAAGAAGAAAGUUUGCUGGCGAAAAAGACCUCCAAGCACAAACCAAUUGAUAUCGAGCGAAUCGUAGAAACGGAACUAAUGCUGCCGGAUAUUGAGCAAUUAAAAGGGCGGGAUGUGUUCAAAGAUGACUACGUGAUUGAGGAUGUGGCGAUACCCGAUACGCCCUUCACCCACAAAGUUCCGACGACGCACAAAAAAACUCACAUCUCAUCUAGUACGACCACAAACUACCCCUUAGGGACAUCCCAAAGCGACAAAAACUCGCUAACAAGUUCCGAAGUAAUCCCAGCCACGACCACCACCACAACGCUGGCCACGACGCGAAAAUCCACCACAGUAACGACGACCAUCGUUGCAACUACACCAGAAGUGACCACGCACAAGCCCACAACCAUUGAUCCAACGAAUGACGAUAAUUUAUCUAAUCAACAAUGGACAAGCACCGAACAGUUUUCGACCACCGGAGGCACGUUCGGCAAAAUGUUGAGCCAUUAUUCCACCACGGUUGGAAUUAUUCCCACGACGGUGACACCAAUCACAACCACCAAGUCCACGCCGGCAACGACGACAAAAAGCACAACGGUGGAAGCCAGCAGCAGCCCGCAACCUCCAGCCAGAACGACCACAACCGCUAAUAUCGCCGCCAUAAUAACAACACCGUCAUCGAAACUAAUCGCCAGCGCCGGGCCAACUUUCGACGUCGAAGAGGAAAGUUUGGCUUCUACUGUCGCCGCUACUAACACUCGAUCCACUAACAAGAAUAAAUCCGCCGCUACUGCUAUCGAUGAUACCAAGACGGAUGACGAGUCUGCGGAAGGACUACUGCCAACCUCGUUCGGAACUCCACCGUCAAGCACAAACCUGGUCACGCCAACGAUUUCCAUCACUUCAGCGACGUUAGGUUCGUCGCCUACGGACGCGCAAAUCAUUCCCGGUACGCUAGGGGGGAACGUGGCGACGACAACUGCCGCAAAUCACGAUCUGCCCCUCACAGAGGAUCGUCAUGUCGAUGAACCAGAUGAAGAGGACGAAGAAGAUGAAUAUGAAGACACGGUCAUUAUCACCGAACUGCCCAACUCAGUGGCACCAAUCGUAACGGCACCGAGCACUACACUUUCGUCGGCCGUUACUACCGCUAUUGUGGUGAUAGAAGCGGAGCCUUCCAGUACUACAGUUGAACCGACUGUUUCCAGUAGCACCUCACAGGAACCGUUUUCUCCUUCUUCAUCAUCAUCACAACAACCACCACUUCCACCAUCAACAACAACAGCAACAACAUCAGAAACAGCAACCACAAUACCGCUUGAACUAGUAACAGCGCCACGUGUGGUUUUUGUUGAAACUACCACUAGUCCAGCGCCUACUACUACUGCUAUCACUACUACCACUACUACUUCUUCUACUACCACUAGCGCAACGUCUGCCAUUAGCGACAGUGCUGCUACUACUACUACUACUGCUAUUGAACCAAAGGUCACUACACAAAAGACAGUAAGUAAAGUACCGGCCGGCGGCGGCAAGCGAGAGCCCAAGGAGGACACGUACGAAGAGAACUACGACGACGAGUAUGACGAUGAGCUGGAGGAGGAAACGACUACCAGUGCUGCCCCAGUCGGACGAGUGGCCAGCAGUGUUGAACCUGUGGCUUCCAUCACGACCGAGUCGACAACCCCGGAACCGACAACGACUCCAACCCCGACAACCGUUCCGUCCACCAGUUCAACGACAACGAUCACCACAGAAGCCUCAACGGUUCCGAUGACAACGACAACCAGCGUACCAGCGACGACGACCAGUGCGACGGUCGCCACCAUAACCGAACUGGACGAACCUACCAAUCUGUAUCCGAUCAUCAAAAACCGUAUUCCGAAGAUGGCCAUCAUCGCCGGUAAGGUGUUCACCCUGGCGGUUCCCCUCGAUACCUUCCACGACACCGAAGACGGUAAUAAUCUGCGGCUGGAUCUGUACGAUGCUCACGGUUACCCGCUGAAGAAUAACUCCUGGAUUCAGUUCAACGUGGAAACACGCGAAAUCUACGGCCUUCCGCUGGAGAAAGAUGUCUCCAAGUGGCACUACAUCCUGCAGGCUACCGACUCCGGCAACCAGUCUGUCAACGAAACCGUUGACAUCUCCGUCCAGCAGCACAAAUCACAUCGCAGUGUGAAUCACGAAAUCAGCCUUGCUCUGCGUCUACAGCGGAAAUUUCCCCGAAAUGUUGACUGGCAGAUUGAGGUUAUUCGUGGUAUCGCCAAAGUACUAGGAGAUAUUUCGUUGACCAACAUCGUCGUCCGCGAGGUACGAAACAGUAUUCAGGAUCCGAACCUGGCAACGUUCGUCUAUACGAACGACACUCUGCCCAAAGAUCGCUGCCCGGAGGAAAAACUGGAUGAGUUGGUCGCCCAGUUAACGGAGAAAGCGCUCAACGAUGCCCUCAAUCCGGACAUUUUAGUGAAAUCCGUUCAAGGCCAACAGAUUGGACAGUGCCUAAAGCCACUGAUACCGAAGGUGAAGCCAACGCAAUCCAUUGCGACCAAGAAUUUCGCUCCUACCACAAGAAACCAAGUAGACCGGGUGAACGCCACUGUCGGGCAUCUACUUGUCUACAAAGUCCCAGCGGAUACUUUCUACGAUCCCGAGGAUGGUAACGAUCUCAAGCUAAAACUGUUAACCACGGAACGCAAUCAACUAGAUCAGUAUCACUGGUUGCAGUUCGAUUCUAAAAAUCAUGAGUUCUUUGGCAUUCCCCGUAGUCACGACGUUGGGCAGAAGGAGUAUUUACUGAUGGCCGAAGAUCGCGAAGGUCUAACCGCAACCGAUGCUCUGGUUGUGGUUGUUCAUCAGGCUCACUAUAAGCGCGAUUACAGUGUUCUUUUCGAACUAACCCUCGAUACAACGUACGAGCAGUUCAACAUCGCCCAAGCCCAACGUCGCUUUAUCGAAAGACUCGCUCAGGUCUUUGGAGAUUCAAACACCAACUACAUUCAGAUUCGAAACAUUCGCCCCAUCCAGCACACUGGUCAGGUGCAGGUAACGUUUUUCAACACCACUCUCUACCGGCAGCAUCAACGCUGUCCAGAUGAGGAAAUCGAAGCCUUGCGGAACAUUCUGCUCUACCCGGAUGGAACAAUCCGCGCAAAGGUGCGGGAAAUUCUCGGUCAAGAGUUUAGCCUCCAGAACGUGAGUUUGAUUCCGGUAGGCACCUGUCAAGGCUAUGACACUCCCAUACACGCAACGAACGAACCGGAAAAAGCCCUACCGCCUCCGAUCGCUAAGGACGAUUAUCUACUAACGUUCGUCCUUCCGGCUGUGAUAAUCCUGGCAAUGUUGCUCAUCGCGUCCAUAAUUGCCUGCGUUCUGUACCGGCGACGGCUCACCGGCAAGAUGGAACUUGAAUAUAUCAAUUUCCAACCUAUCGCAUCCCACUCCCAUCAAGGUACCGACGAGGAACGCAAGUCGUUCCGCUCCAAGGGCAUUCCGGUGAUCUUCCAGGACGAGCUGGACGAGAAGCCGGAAAUCGGCAACAAGUCACCGGUGAUACUGAAGGACGAAAAACCACCGCUACUGCCGCCGUCCUACAGCAGUACCAAUAACGAUGGUGAAAACGAAGACGUUGACGAGUACGUGCCACCGCCAGCCGUCGUAGUCGGAGGACGCGAAUCCCGAGGCAAGUCACCGGUGACCCCGUCCUACCGAAGGCCACCACCGUACGUGUCGCCUUAGAAGAAAGCUCCCCGUAGUGCCAACACCGUUAACACCACCAUUAGUAGCAACAACAUCGACAACCGCAAUCAUGUCGGCGCCAACCGCAGAUAGAUUAUCCCGACUUUUGUCCGAUAAUCUGUCUGUGCAGUGAAUAAAGGAGUGGAACAGCGGUAGAGCACUACGACCGACUAAAGAGUCCCAAACUCGGAAGCAGCUAGAAGGUUACUAAUUACAUUAUUGAUUGGACGGAAGCAUUGAUCGGUUCAUCGUGAUCGACACAUUUUUACCUGCCGCAAAGAGUGGGCAACGUCUUUCGAAAUGAAUAUGGUUUUUGUAGUCAGCAUAUGAUAAAUUUGAUAUUUUUGUAAAGAAAAAAAGAACGCAGGGAGCAAGCCACCAGGAAAGUAUCAUGAAGAACGGAAACAAUUUGUAGUCAUCUAAUGCUAAGUUAUGAAAGAAUAAUCGGUAGUGAAAGUCAUCUGACAAACAAGUAGAUGAGUAAGCCCUAUAAUUUACUAUGUUUAGUUGAAUCAGCAACAGUUUCGUUUUAUUGACAACAGUCUAUCACUCUCGCUUUUCAAUUUUAAAAUGUAGCACGAGAGGAACGCACAAUUUAAGAGCACACCUUUGAAAUGGAAUUAGUUCUGUCCUUUUUUUUAGGUUGGAGUUCCAUACGCGAGCUUACCGAUCCUUUUUGAUCGAUUGAUCGGCACAAUCGAGUAGAUAUUACAUCUAGAUCUUAACUGUGUAUCACUUGAGCGAUAAAAAUAUAUCGUAUUUUUCUCCCCCGACUAUACGUACACAAAUUAGAGGACAUACGCUUCUAUCGCCGCUCUCUGAUCCGCGAGAAAGAACUGUAAUUUUAUAAAUUACAGUAUGCAUUAGAGUACGACGAGUAAAAACAAUCUGAUUGCGUAGCUUUGAAAAGUGUGUCAUGUUGUAGCGAGAACGGCUUAAUUGCCCUAGAUGUAGUAAAGAUUAUGAAUCCCCAAAACUGAUACAAGAAAAUGUUUAGCUCGAAUUUCGGUUAAAUUAUUCAUUCACUCGAAAUCAAAAUCCUUUCUCGAACAUCGUGACCUCCGUUAUUGAAUAUCGAAUAUUUUGAUGGAUUGUUUAAGUUUUCGGAAAACCCUCACAUUUUCACAAACAAAUCUUGAUGUAGUUAAACUAUUUUGCAUGUUGGUUUCCGAGUACAAACAUCGAACCGAACAAAAUUUCCUUCAACCCCCACGACUGCCGGUGAUUUAGUAUGAUCUCACCUUCUUCCGCUACGAACGAUUAUUUCGGACAAAGUCCGUUUGUCCUGUGCAACUAAUGAAAAUAAUAGUUUUGAAAAACUCGCAAACAUAAAUACAAACAAACUGCCAUAUUAUCGAGAUAGUAGACAACAAACAAACAAAUACAUACACACACAGAAGAAAAAGAGAUGUAAUUGAACAAUAAUGACUUAAUAUAUAUUUUUUGCAAUGUUUGCAUUUAUUUCUCGUUAACUCCCGCCAACCUCGCCAAGCCGGGAAGGUAACGGAUUGUGUACAUCCGCUGAGCGAAGAACUAGCGAAAGCAAGUGUCCCUAGGACAGCGCCAAACUGACCAGAGUAGUAACAUAAACUAGGAUUGGUAUGCUCAAAUUUAAAGCAACAAAAAAAAAAAACAAAUCAAUGGCAAGUCAAACCAUCAUCCAGAAAUACAACGAUUUUCCUGCUGAAGCUUGGGAAACAAUCAAGAAGCAAUUUGCCGACGUCGUUUCGUGGGCAAGCACAAAACGAAAUCGGAACGCAAUUCAUCUCAAAGAUUUUUCCGACUAUAUUAUUUCGCUGGAAAACUGCUUUCCUUUGUGUAUAUUUUAUCCAGCUAGACAUGUAGGAUGGUAAAGCUAAUUUUAUUGCAGCUAUUUAAGUGUACUGCGUAUCUAUUUUUUUCUCUAUCUAGCUGUUAGUAAGCCACCUUUAGAGGCACAAAGCAUAACGUAAUCUGCAUAAUUAUAAACUAAUAGAAUCGUAUACCCACUGGGGAGUUGCUUUCCCUUGAUUCUUCUGUUUUGUUUUAAGAAACAAAAAACAAAGAAACGGAACGAGCUGUAUAGUAAUUGUUUUACAUUACCCGUUUAUGCAACUAAUAAGGGGAAAACAAACUUAAGCAAAGAUAAACGUACUUUAACGUAUAUAGCGCGAUAAUCGUCGAGACGGGAGAAAAUAAAAAGCUGUUUUAGCAACUAUACCCCACUUUGUACCAACUUUUCAACCCAGAAACAUUCUCCCCCAAAUCAACCUAAGCCCUGUACUGUGUAUGAACUACUGAACUAACAAACCCGAAACUCCGUGGACUGACAAAAAAAAACGAAAAACACUCAUUCACACCUUAACUACCGAAGCUGUAAACGUUUGUCUAAUCAACCAAAAUGUCUAAAGGCGUUAGAAUGAAGGAAAACUAAAACAAAUAAUUAGCAAACACACACUACUAGUAUAUACUCACGCACUGAUAGAGCAAAUUUACAAAGCAAAAAAUAAAUGAGAAUACAUUGAAAAAAAUGAAGUGAGGCAGCCCCAGGAAAAACAUUUAAAAAAAAAAAAACAAGAAAACCGGCAAAGACGGGAGCAAAGGUGUGUAUAAACAGAAGUAGAAAGAAGUAAGUAGUAAGAGAGCGAAACGAAAAAAAAAACUUGGUCGGACUCGAACGCAUGAGAUGGGCCGCUUUGCAUGCGCGCCUGUGCAAACUAUAAGAUUAAUAA